UCAUGUCCACAGCAUUGCGUCGCGUACGCAAGUAUUUUAUCUCGUCACAAGUGUAUGAGGCUCUGCGUCCUCUGUUCUUCCUAACCUUCUUGUAUGGCCUAACACCGUUUCAUGUGGUCCGCCGCAAAAUGGGCGAAUCGUAUCUGAAGAUGUCCUGUUUCGGUGUUUUCAAUAUAUUUAUUUAUAUAUUUUUAUGUGGCUUUUGUUAUAUAUCAUCGCUGCGGCAAGGUGAAUCCAUUGUGGGUUAUUUCUUUCGCACAGAAAUCUCCACGAUCGGUGAUCGUUUGCAAAUUUUCAAUGGUCUCAUCGCUGGAGCUGUGAUCUAUACCUCGGCCAUACUGAAACGUUGCAAGCUGCUGGGCACUCUAACCAUUCUACACAGUUUGGAUACAAAUUUCUCAAAUAUUGGCGUACGAGUGAAAUAUUCACGUAUAUUUCGUUAUUCGAUUUUGGUUUUGAUAUUCAAACUUUUGAUUUUGGGUGUUUAUUUUGUUGGCGUUUUCCGGUUGCUCGUCUCGCUGGAUGUCACCCCGUCGUUUUGUGUCUGCAUGACGUUCUUUCUGCAACAUUCGGUCGUUUCGAUUGCAAUCUGUUUGUUUUGUGUCAUUGCCUUCAGUUUCGAGCGUCGUUUGAGUAUCAUCAAUCAGGUUCUUAAGAAUCUGGCACAUCAAUGGGAUUCUCGCAGUUUGAAAGCCACACAAAAGCAGCGUUCCCUACAAUGUCUUGACUCCUUUUCCAUGUACACCAUUGUCACAAAGGAUCCAGCUGAAAUAAUACAAGAAUCCAUGGAAAUCCAUCAUCUAAUCUGCGAGGCAGCGGCCACAGCUAAUAAAUACUUUACCUAUCAGCUAUUGACCAUCAUUUCGAUUGCGUUUCUCAUAAUCGUAUUCGAUGCCUAUUAUGUUCUGGAAACAUUGUUGGGCAAAUCAAAGAGAGAAAGCAAAUUCAAGACUGUGGAAUUUGUUACAUUUUUCUCAUGCCAAAUGAUUCUAUAUCUGAUUGCCAUAAUUUCCAUAGUCGAGGGCAGUAAUCGGGCCAUCAAGAAGAGUGAGAAAACUGGCGGCAUAGUCCAUGCUCUACUCAAUAAGACCAAAUCGGUGGAAGUUAAAGAGAAGUUGCAACAAUUCUCCAUGCAGUUGAUGCAUUUGAAAAUCAACUUCACAGCAGCUGGCCUGUUCAAUAUAGAUCGAACUCUUUACUUCACAAUAAGCGGCGCAUUGACAACUUAUCUCAUUAUAUUGCUGCAAUUCACAUCGAAUUCCCCAAGCAAUAAUAGUCAUCUGUAUUCCUGCUGUGAAGCCUUGAAUAAUAUUACAGCGAAUCACACUCUCUAGAUGAAUAUUGUUGAAUUGAUGAAAUGACGAUGAAGUGGCGAGAAUGGAGCGGGUGAAAUAUUGUAAAGAAAUACGUCCAACUGUGCGCAGCUAAUACAAUUCGACACAUACAUAUAUAAAUAUUUUUUUAGAUGUUAUCCCAAAUUCAAUUAUCCUGUUUGGAAAUUAAUGUUUAGCAAUAAAUAUCGAUAA